AUGUCAAAAACGCUUGUAUAUCAAACAAAUAAAGAAUUUGAUAAAUGUGCUGAGCUCUUACGAAGUAUUAUAAAUGCACAAGAAUCACGUCGAGAUUCAUCAUCACCAAAUAUUCAUAAAGACAAUCGAAAAGAAAAGCAAAAAUCUUCGACGGCAAACACACGAUUAAAAAAACAGAAUAGUAAAAUAAAUGUUACUAAAACGUCUUUCAUUAAAACAAAUGAUACAAAUACUUUCGAUACACAUGAACAUCGAUUAUCUUAUUCACCAAAUAAAAUAUUCUAUCCAAUAAAAGAGGAAGUAUCACCUUCAAAGAAUCGUCUAAGUCCAACUAAAUCUCGUAAACAUACAACACGUUCACCAUCUCCAUCUCAAACUAAUCAUCAACGUUUAACAUCAUCAUCAUUAAUAAAUAAUAAAUCUCGACAAAAAACUUCACAUCAUCUUCAUCAGAAUGAAAAUAAAGAAGAAUUCGUACGAAGUUCAUCUUGUAGUGAUUUAUCGUCAUUAAAAUCUGAUUUUAUGCAAAAAGAACAAACAAGACUUGUUUUCGAUCGAUUUCUUACAUAUUUAACACGUAUACAAACAAUUUCCAAACAAAUUCGUAUUCAGAAUUUUAAUGAUUCUGAAAGUCAUUAUUUAUGGAAUGAACUCGAAAAUUCUCUUUCAUCAGCUAUAUCCUAUGCUAAAAAUGAUAUACAAUUUCAAUUAUCAUUAGCACCAUUACGAAAUGAAAUACUUGAAUUACGAAAACAAUUACAAACAGCAAAUGUUCAUUUGCAUGAAUAUGAUCUAACACAACGUCAUAAAGAUCAAUAUAUUUAUUUACAAAAGAAAUUUGAUACAAAUCAAAUUCAAUAUACUCAAUUAUUAUUACAUAAUGAACAAUUAAAAAAUAAAUGUCAUUUAUUACAAGAUAAACUUGAUAAUUUAGAACGAAAUAAUAUUCAUCUUGUACAACGAUUAACUCAACAAGAUAUUCGUUCUAUUGCUCAACGUACAGAAUGGAAUUUAACUGAUAAUCGUUUUCUUCUACGUGAAGAAAUUAUUUUUUUAAAAGAAAAAUUAUAUCAUGUUUAUGAUGAUGUUGCAACAUUAUUUAAUCGAAAUCAUUCUCUCGAAUCAGAUUUACGCGAAGAAAAAAAACAAAUUUUCAUUUAUGAACAACAAUUUAAAAAUUUAAAACAAACAGCACAAUAUCUUUUAUAUGAUCUUGAUAAUCGUUCGUUUGAGGAAAAAAUUAAACAAUUUUUAAAUAAUAUUCUUAAUGAUAAAUAUCAUGAAAGAAUAAAUACAAGUUCUUAUCAUCAUCAUCAAGCUCAUAUGACUCCAACAAGAUCUGUAGAUUCCAGUUCAUUAUUUUUUGAAACACCUCAUAAAUCAACUCAACCUACAACAUAUCGAAGAGAAAAAAAAUUUCGACCAAAAUCACUUUUUAUAACUCCAACUAUUUUAAAUGAUUCGAAAAUUCUUUCAAAAUUUCGUGAUCAUCGAAGUCCAACCAUUGAUAUUACACAAUGUUCAUCUUCGACAAUUGAUGAUGCAGAUUCAACAUUGACAUCUUCAUCAUCAGAAUCAUUACAUUAUCAACAACGAAAACGGAAUACUUUAUAUAAUAGUUUACCACUAUUAAAUCAACCUCCAAAUAUUGAUAUGACAAGGUUUAAUCAAAUGUACAAUAAUAAUGAGAGUAGUCCUGAAUUUGAUGAAAUAUCAAAUUUAACCUCAAAAAUAUUUAGUUCAGAAAAUGAUGAUGAUAUUCCUAUUCGUGAUAUAAAUAUUUCAACAACUUCAUCAUCAACUAUGACUUCCGAUGCUGAAAAACUCAUAUCUAUGUAA